UGGGAUCAUCCAAUUUCAAUGACUGUCCAGUGCAACACUAAAAACCCUGGUUUAGGGCUCUCAAUAUAAACAGGAUACAAGUAUGGAAUUACACGAAAUCGGAGGUAUUGCACAGAGAUGAUGUUUCGCGUGAAAGCAUAAUCUUAUUGCGGUCGAUGUAUGUCACGGUUUUAUAUAAAAAAAAGAUUGUUGUAAAGGGGGAGGGGAUAUUACAAAGGGGUUAUCGAAGAAGCGGAAAACAAAACUGAAGAAGCGCGAUGAAGUGAAGUGGAGGUCAAGUUAAUCAAGCCAGGAGAGUCAGUACUGCUUCGCCGGCGAUGUCUUGGGCAAAAUGCAUCAUCUUUCCCGAGAGCUCUUUUUAAUUACAUCUCUCACUCCCAAGGAGGGGUGUUGGACACAAUAGAUUGAGCCGAAACCUUCUCUCUAACACACAAGACAUUUCACCAAAAAAAAAAAAAAAAAACUUCUUCAAAGACCUGUCAAUUGAAUACAUUCUGCUUUAGGCGCUUGGGUUGCGUUUAGGUGGUACUUAACAGCGUUGUGUUGACACAGUUCUGUUGUUUAUAAAAGAUCACCUUAAGGAAUGUGGGGGUUUCAGAGAAGGCGACUGUUUGGUAUUCUUUCGGCACCAGUCUUAGUAGCAGUGGUGUGCUGUGCACAGAGCGCCAAUGAGCCGGGGAACAUGUCGUUUGUAAAAGAGACUGUGGAUAACCUGUUAAACGGAUAUGACAUACGCCUCAGACCAGAUUUUGGAGGUCCCCCGGUUGCUGUUGGGAUGAGCAUAGACGUAGCCAGUAUAGACAUGGUAUCAGAAGUAAACAUGGACUAUACCUUGACCAUGUACUUUCAACAGUACUGGAGGGACAAGAGGCUGGCUUACUCGGGAAUACCUCUCAAUUUAACACUUGAUAACCGGGUGGCUGAUCAGCUGUGGGUCCCCGACACCUACUUUCUGAAUGACAAGAAGUCCUUUGUGCACGGCGUCACUGUGAAGAACCGGAUGAUUCGGCUUCAUCCAGAUGGAACAGUGCUGUACGGCCUGAGAAUCACAACAACAGCUGCCUGCAUGAUGGAUCUGCGGAGAUACCCAUUGGAUGAACAGAACUGCACACUGGAAAUAGAAAGCUAUGGCUACACAACAGAUGAUAUCGGGUUCUACUGGAGAGGAGGAGACUCUGCUGUGACUGGGGUGGGAAGGAUCGAGCUGCCUCAGUUCUCCAUUGUGGAAUACAGGCUGGUCUCUCGCAAUGUCGUCUUUGCCACAGGUGCCUACCCACGACUGUCUCUGAGCUUCAAGCUGAAGAGAAACAUUGGAUACUUCAUCCUUCAGACCUACAUGCCCUCAAUUCUGAUUACCAUUCUGUCUUGGGUGUCAUUUUGGAUCAAUUACGAUGCAUCCGCUGCAAGAGUUGCUUUAGGAAUUACAACUGUACUCACAAUGACAACAAUCAACACUCACCUCAGAGAGACUUUGCCCAAAAUCCCCUACGUUAAAGCCAUAGACUUGUAUCUGAUGGGCUGCUUCGUCUUCGUCUUCUUGGCAUUACUGGAGUAUGCUUUCGUCAACUACAUCUUUUUUGGAAGAGGCCCACAGUUACAGAAGAAACUUGCAGAGAAGAUAGAAAAGGCCAACAAUGACCGGUCCAAAUAUGAAGGCAACAAGUCUGUUCUGGAAGGAGGCAAUUGCAAACCAUCAGUAAAACAGUCCAAUCAGGUGCAAGGGCAUCGACACUCAUGCGUGAUGGACACUCAUGGCAACAUCUUGCUAACCAGUUUGGAGAUUCACAAUGAAGUGGCAGGAAAUGAGAUCACCACCAGUGUUAGCGAGUCCAGGAAUUCCUCAAUGGCCUUGGACAACUCAGGAAUCCAGUACAGGAAACAGAGCAUGCCUCGGGAUGCAACGGCCCCUCACAGCAAGGACAAGAAUGCCCAGUUGAAGAAGAGUCGUCUGAGGAGAAGGUCAUCACAGCUGAAAAUCAAAAUCCCAGAUCUGACUGAUGUGAACACCAUUGACAGGUGGUCAAGAAUAGUGUUCCCAGCUGCGUUUACACUCUUCAACGUAAUCUAUUGGCUUUACUAUGUCAACUAAGGGAAGAUUGGAUUCUAUAUACCAGGGGUGAAAAGUGAUAGCUUUUUUUUGGUUUGUUUUUACAUAUACUUGCAAUCUCUAGGAUUUACAACAGAUUGCAAACUUUCACAAAAAAAGUAAAAAAAUAAAAUAAAAUAAAAAAAAAAAUCUUUUGUAAAACAAUAUUUUAUGAACAGAUGCCCUCGGAGUAUUUAUAAGUCUUGAGACUGCAUGCAUGAUAAGCUGUAUUGGAAUCACAAAAGCAAUCAUUUUUUGUCUCCCAUUAUACCUAAAAUAGGCUUGGAAGUAAGAGUAACAGUAUGACUUGAUUAAAAUAAGUUAGACCGCUACAUUAUAACUGGGAGGACGGCAGUAUUUAACCAGUAAUCCAUACAUGUAUACCUAAGUAAUGAAUUCUACCCUUGGGUUCAAUAAACACUUUCGGUUAAGAGUAGGUCACCUCUUAACAGUAUCAGACUUCCCUUGUCUCAUACAUAUUAUAGAUUAUUACAACUAAUAUUUAUGCAAAUUAAGUUAUUCAGUUGUACAUAGCCAGUUUUCAAAUAGCAUAUGGAAUAGUGAUAUAUGGAUGGGAUAGUGAUAUGUGGAUGGGAUAGUGAUAUAU